AUGUUUUUCAAGCCUUUGGAUCUGACAACUGCGCUUCGCCCCUCGCUGUUGCCCGACGAGACCUUACUCUUUGUCCAGGAUGCGGUGGGGUUGUACGAAGGAAAAUAUAAAAUCCCCAAUUAUCAGAAUGGCCAUGCCUAUUUGACCUCGCAUCGUGUCUGUUAUGUAGCAGUUGAUGAGCCGCGGAAAUACUCAGUUGGCAUUGACCUGAAGGAUAUUGAUAGAACAGAGUACCAAGCAAGCUUCUGGAAGUCCUCUCCUAAGAUUACGCUAUACCCUAAGCCACUGAAGAACAUUGACCGGUCGAAAAGCGCUGGCGCAAGUCCCUCUCGAUCGCAGUCGCCCCUGACCCCAAAGUCCGUGUCUCAUUCUAGUGCGGGACUUCCUCCACCCGUGAAUGCGACAUGGGUAUGCCCUAUAUGCACCUUUUCCAAUCCCGUGCCCUCCAAUUUCGACCCGUCCACCGCUACCGCGUCCACGCCUAUACCUCCUUGCCUGGCAUGUGGUAUUAAACCCCCUUUUGCGACUAUCCUCAAGGCUGCAAUCACUGCUGCAACAAGUCGCGAGAGCACUGUUGCGACGCCACCCACCUCUCAACCUGGGCAAGAGUCCUCACUUGGGAGUAUUGACCCCAAGAACCUAACGGUUCCACAAAAUGGCGCCCAAGUGUCAUGUCCUCGCUGCACAUUCGUCAACCAUCCGUCCCUCAUUGAAUGUGAAAUUUGUGGAGCUUCCUUGGUCUCUGCAAAUAUCCUCAAGGUCACCAAUGGCGAUCACUACCGUGCGGAAUCCCCGGCCCCUGUUUUUGAUCAGGGCAGUAUAAAGAGCAAGCAAAUCAAAGAUUGCAUGAAAUUGUCAUUCCGUGGAGGUGGCGAAAAAAUAUUUCUUGAAAGGUUGAAGGGCGCCUUGAUCCAGCGGAAAUGGCUUCUUUACAAUGCUCCGCCUGUGCCACAACAACCAUCACAAUCAAGCUCUGAAGCUCAAGGUUUAGCCGUGCCUGCAUUAGCGAACGGCCCUGGAGCAUCACAGCCUCGCUCACCGGGAGUUGGCAUUGCGGGGCUUGAGCGACGAGGCCUUGAGGCUCGUAAGAACAAUGAGCUCGUCAUUGGCAAUGCUUUCGAGGAUCUCGAAGCGCUUAUGGCAUCGGCGAAACAUAUUGUUGCGCUUGCUGAGACGCUAGCCCGCGAGUCUGGGAUGGCUAGUGACGAGAGCUCUGCUGAAACUAGCGCCGUCCUUUCGGAAUCAGCGGCGGCGUUGGGUAUGGUGACGACGAAAGAUAUGCUCGGUUCCGGGGCAGAGAGCCUCUAUCUAUCGGAGUUAUCCCGAAAUCUAGCAGAAUAUCUGACUGACGAUCGUAAGGGCAUAUUGCAGAAAGAAGGCGGGAUUAUAAGUCUUAUCGACUUAUGGGCAAUCUUCAACCGGUCCCGAAACGGGGUCGAGCUCGUCAGUCCUUCGGAUUUUCAGAAGGCUGCGGAGCUAUGGGAGAAAUUGAAGUUGCCAGUUCGUCUGCGUCGUUUCAAGAGUGGGCUGCUCGUUGUUCAACGAUACGAUUGGACCGAUGAGAAGACCCUUCGGCAGCUGCUAGACUGGAUGGCAGAGCUCCGUCAAGUGCCACCCACGGAGCCGGUAGCCUGGGACUGGCGUUUGUUUGGACGUGCUGUGACCGCACAGGAGGCGGCACAGCGAUUCAAAUGGAGUGUGGGCGUUGCAGCGGAGGAGUUGGAGAUGGCAGAGGAUAAGGGAGUCCUUUGCAGAGAACAGGGAAUUGAAGGGCUACGGUUCUGGUUUAACUAUAUCUCAUCUGACCCAGGCCUGCAGGAAGUGGAUGAUCUAGGACUUGCAAAAGUUAGCAUAGACAACGAUGACAUAUAGAACUGACGGGAAUUUUGACUAAGAAUCCCACAUAUGAUGAUUCUGAGCGAG